AUGCCUCCGCCAACGAAGCGUCGACGGACAGAGCCCACUGCCGUUGAGGAAAUCGCAUUCGACACGACCGCGCGCCAUGAAUUUUUAACCGGAUUUCAUAAGCGCAAGGUAGCAAGGGCGAAGCAGGCGCAGGAAGCCGCUGAGCGGAGAGCAAGGGCGGAAAGAAUCGAGGAGCGAAAGAGGCUACGGGAACAGCGGAAAGCCGAUCUGGAACGCCAUGUGCAGGCAGUCAACGCUUUGCUGAGACCCUUUGUUGACCUGGACGAGGGUGAGAAUGAGGAGGUUGAAGAGAAUUCAGAAGAAGAAUGGAGCGGCAUAUCAGAUCCUGAGCCCCAUUCGCUCCAUCAUGAGACAGAAUAUAUCGACGAAGAUAAAUACACCACAGUGACAGUCGAAGCGAUGGAUGUUUCAAGAGAAGGAUUGUCCAAACGGGAGCAGGAUCAAGACGAAAAUACCGAGCAACACAGUAGAGAGUCCUCAGAAGGACCCAAUAAUGGCGAGGCCGAGAAGCAGAAAAGUCUGUGGACCAGAGAACGGCCAAAGGACAUUAAGAAGCGAAAGAAGCGGAAUUUUAGAUACGAGAGCAAAGCGGAAAGGAAAGAGGCACGUUCUAAAGAGAAGGCCAGAAAUCGCAAACAGGCUCGAGAACGAAGGGGUGAUCGACGAUAA